AUGCUUGCGCAGGUGACAUGGAGCACCAUACCGAGCUGGGAGGAGAGCUACAAGCUGCGUUUGGUCCUCAACAACGCUGUCAUUCCACGGCUGCAGGCCUGGCGUGCCAUCGCUGACAUCGAAGGCAAAUCUGAGGACGAGAAGGAUAAGAAUUUGGCCCUCAACCAUCUUAAAAAGAUCGGAAAUGAGAUCACAGAACUCUGUGGGAGUCUGCUGGAUUCGAUCUACUCCCUCCUGCGAUCUGAGAGAGAUCCAGAAGCAAUAGUCUUCUAUUCGACAAUGGGAGGAGACUUCUGCAGAUACAUGAGAGAGGCUCAGUACCUGGAGGCCUCACACCCCCUCCGCCUCACCCUGGUCCUGCACCUCUCUGACUUCUACUACGAAGACGUCCACCUUCGGGCCGAGGUCAUCGAUAUGGCCCAAGACGCCGUGAUCGAGGCCAGUAAGCUGCUGGAAAAGGCUCCGAACCAAGAAAGCAGCGUGAUCGUGCAGCAGUUUAAAGACAGGCUCAGUCUCUGGACGCCGCUCUAG